AAUUAUUAGGCUGUUGACCACAUUUGCUUUCUGACAACAAGCUAGCUGAAAUGUCGGGAAGGCUGCAAUUCCUUUUUUGUUAGUAGAGAAAAAAGAAAAAAAAAACCAGACAGAGAAAAAGAGAUUGAGAUGGAGAAUCACACGAAGGACUCGACCAUGAAAGUUUCAUCUCUUAAUUGUAUCGAUCUAGCUAACGAUGAUCUUCAUCAUUCAGUUGUUUCCCUUAAACAGGCAUGUUUGGAUUGUGGAUUUUUCUAUGUGAUCAAUCAUGGGAUAAACGAAGAGUUCAUGGAAGAUGUUUUCGAGCAGAGCAAGAAGUUUUUUGCUCUUCCUUUAGAGGAGAAGAUGAAAGUGUUGAGAAACGAAAAGCAUAGAGGCUAUACACCUGUUCUUGAUGAAAAAUUAGAUCCCAAGAAUCAAGUCAAUGGGGAUCACAAAGAAGGUUAUUACAUUGGAAUUGAAGUUCCUAAAGAUGAUCCUCAUUGGGAUAAGCCAUUUUAUGGCCCUAACCCUUGGCCUGAUGCUGAUGUUUUACCUGGUUGGCGAGAAACAAUGGAGAAAUAUCAUCAAGAAGCAUUGAGGGUUUCUAAGGCUAUUGCAAGACUAUUGGCGUUAGCACUUGACUUGGAUGUGGAAUACUUUGAUAGGACGGAGAUGCUUGGAAAGCCUAUUGCAACUAUGCGAUUGUUGCGGUAUCAAGGGAUUUCUGAUCCCUCGAAAGGAAUAUAUGCAUGUGGGGCACAUUCAGAUUUCGGAAUGAUGACUCUGUUAGCCACCGAUGGUGUAAUGGGACUCCAGAUAUGCAAAGAUAAGAAUGCAACGCCUCAGAAGUGGGAAUAUGUACCGCCGAUUAAAGGAGCAUUUAUCGUGAAUCUUGGCGAUAUGCUGGAACGUUGGAGUAAUGGCUUUUUCAAAUCCACGUUGCAUCGGGUUCUUGGAAACGGUCAGGAACGAUAUUCCAUUCCAUUCUUUGUGGAACCAAAUCAUGACUGUCUCGUAGAGUGUCUCCCAACCUGCAAGUCGGAAAGCGAACUUCCUAAAUAUCCACCGAUCAAAUGUUCGACAUACCUCGCCCAGCGUUACAAGGACACACAUGCGGAGUUAAGCAUCUACCACAAAGAAACAUGAAUGAUCUUUUUGAUCAACAGUAGGAUGGAGUCGACAAAAGUAAAUUAUAUAAGUUCGUUGUUACUCUAGGGGUAAGCUCGAAGUAAAGUCGUAAAAGAUAUUGUAAUGUAAGUGAAGUUUACGGCACACCCUCCCUUACUUAUUGGGAGGGAUACACAUGUUUAUGUCUUGUUUCAAUCUAUUCAUCUGUACGAAUUGACAGUCUCUGUAACAUUUAGAAUCUAUACAUGCUAUACUUGUUGCCUUACGAGUUUACGAGAUGUUAAUCAAUCGUAAAUUCACCC